GGGUGGGACAUAGUCAUUCGGCCUAUACGGAAUUUCAAAUUGAGACCGUGUGUGUUGUUGUGCCCUUGGAGGCCAACUAUUUGCCCCACAUUUAGAUCCAGCAAACCCUAAUACGAAGUUUGUGUGAUUCCAUCGUCCAUCCACACACUCACACAUAGACAGCGUUCCCGGCACACGUCACCUCUCUUCCAUUACAAAGAAAAAAAGAAGAAAUUUAAGCUGAAGCGACGAAAUGACGGAACGUUUGACGCGUAUAGCUAUAGUUAGCUCAGACAGAUGCAAGCCCAAGAAGUGUCGUCAGGAGUGCAAAAAGAGCUGUCCGGUUGUUAAAACUGGGAAAUUGUGUAUUGAGGUUACUUCUGCUUCUAAGAUUGCCUUUAUCUCUGAGGAGUUGUGCAUUGGAUGUGGUAUCUGUGUUAAGAAAUGUCCGUUUGAAGCAAUCCAGAUCAUCAACUUGCCAAAGGAUUUGGAUAGAGAUACAACUCAUCGUUAUGGCCCCAACACUUUUAAAUUACACAGGUUACCAGUUCCAAGGCCUGGACAAGUGCUUGGCUUGGUUGGAACCAAUGGUAUUGGGAAAUCAACUGCCCUCAAGAUUUUGGCUGGAAAAUUGAAACCAAAUUUGGGCCGUUUUAUUAAUCCUCCAGAUUGGCAGGAAAUUUUGACCUAUUUUCGUGGAUCUGAGCUGCAGAAUUAUUUUACUCGAAUUCUGGAAGAUAAUCUGAAGGCUAUUAUAAAGCCUCAAUAUGUUGAUCACAUUCCAAAGGCUGUUCAAGGCAAUGUGGGGCAGGUGCUUGACCAAAAAGAUGAGAGAAAUAUGAAGGAAGAACUUUGUGUAGAUCUUGAGCUGAAUCAAGUCAUAGAUCGUAAUGUUGGGGAUUUGUCAGGUGGAGAGCUACAGAGAUUUGCUAUUGCUGUUGUUGCGGUACAGAAUGCAGAGAUCUAUAUGUUUGAUGAACCUUCUAGUUAUCUUGAUGUUAAACAGAGGCUUAAAGCUGCCCAAGUUAUUCGAUCCUUGCUCAGACCUAAUAGCUAUGUUAUUGUUGUGGAGCAUGAUCUUAGCGUCCUGGAUUACCUAUCAGAUUUCAUUUGUUGCUUAUAUGGGAAACCUGGUGCAUAUGGAGUUGUAACCCUUCCUUUCUCUGUUAGAGAAGGAAUAAAUAUUUUCUUGGCUGGAUUUGUCCCUACUGAAAAUCUACGGUUUCGUGAUGAAUCUUUAACCUUCAAGGUUGCUGAGACUCCACAAGAAAGUGCUGAGGAAAUUGAGACAUAUGCUCGAUACAAAUACCCCACCAUGUCUAAAACUCAGGGAAAUUUUAAGCUUCGUGUGGUUGAGGGUGAAUUUACCGAUUCUCAGAUUAUUGUAAUGUUGGGUGAGAAUGGGACAGGGAAGACAACAUUUAUUCGUAUGCUGGCUGGUUUAUUGAAACCUGAUAAUAUGGAAGGUUCUGACAUGGACAUACCAGAGUUCAAUGUCUCUUACAAACCUCAGAAGAUCAGUCCAAAAUUUACUUCUACAGUCAGACAUCUGCUGCAUCAAAAAAUACGCGAUUCAUACACUCACCCUCAGUUUGUGUCAGAUGUGAUGAAGCCCCUACUUAUUGAACAAUUGAUGGAUCAAGAAGUUAUGAAUCUCUCUGGUGGAGAACUGCAAAGGGUUGCAUUAUGCCUGUGCCUUGGGAAGCCUGCAGAUAUAUAUCUGAUUGAUGAACCUAGUGCAUAUCUGGAUUCUGAGCAGCGUAUUGUUGCAUCAAAAGUUAUUAAGAGGUUUAUUUUGCAUGCAAAGAAAACUGCAUUUGUGGUUGAGCAUGACUUCAUAAUGGCCACAUAUCUGGCAGAUAGAGUUAUUGUAUAUGAGGGAAGGCCAUCAGUGGACUGUAUUGCAAAUUCUCCUCAGUCAUUGUUGACUGGAAUGAACCUUUUCUUAUCCCAUCUGGACAUCACAUUUAGGCGGGAUCCAACUAAUUACAGACCAAGAAUCAACAAAUUGGAUUCCACCAAGGACAGGGAUCAAAAAGCUGCUGGGUCAUAUUAUUACCUGGAUUAUUAAAAUAGUAUCAGCAGGUUCUCGUUAACUUGGUUGUCUAUGUUACUUGACUGUAGUUUCAUGAAUGAGGCAUUGUGAGAUAAACUAUUGUUAUGAAUUCAUUUGCGGUUGUGGAAUAGUUAAAAGCAUCAAUGUCAGCUUCAGAUUGGGUCUCUGCUGAAGUGGAACCAAGAUGACGAUACAUUGCAGUUGAGGAGGUCCUUUGGCUGGUGAAAGAUGAAGCUCAUAUUCUUUUAAUGAGUUUUCAGGCCCAUCCAUUGAUGCUGAAUUUAGUACAUUUGUGGUUUCAGUUUCACCAAGUUUUGUUUGAUGGCGUCGGGCGGGAUUGAAUCUGAAUGUUGUUUACUGGAUUAGAGAACGACAGUGAUUUAAGACUGGAGUUAUUGAGGCAUGUGCUUUUUUUAUUUUUUUUAUUUUUAUAGUUUAAGAUUUGACAAUGCACCAUCAUAAAUAAUUACAUGAUAUUUUCUAUCUGAA